AAACUUUUUGUUUGGUUUCAUUGUACCUGAAAACGUGUGGUGAGAGUUUAUAGUUGAAACCUUCAUUGCUUUUCUCAUCUAUUUGGGGAAAAAAAAUCGUAGUAAUAUAAUCGGAUAUGGGGACACGAAAGUCCUGCCUGAAAUAUAUCAUUGCUUCUAGCGGUCAUUCACCUCAAAAGGGUACAAUGCGUUGUUAUGUUAUAAUCAUCAUGUUGCUCGUUACGGUGUGGCGGAUGAACGCCGUUUCCUGCGAAAUACGGCAUGCGAAGUACGUUGUGGGGAGGAACGUCGGUAAAUGGUAUGCCUGUUAAAAACUUGAGCUCGCUAUUGUCAGAAAGUUAUGUUGUUGAUAUCAGAUUGUUAGAUAAAUUUAAUUUACAGUGAGUGAACUCUGACGUUAACACGUUAUAGACAAUGUAGGUGAUUCCUAGAACCUCAAAAUUCUUGCUUUGUUUUCUGUGUGUAACUUGCAAAUUACGUAAAGCUGUCUUUGUCAAAUGCUUGGUCGGUGUGAGUUACUCUUAAGUUAAAUAAGAACCAUCGCUUGAUUAGAUAGCUUAAGAUACGUCACUACGGAUUUCCUAAAUCAUUGCACGAUAACUCAUAGAUUUGUACUCGUUAUCACCUCAGUACAUGAUGUUUAAUUGGUCGCUAAGUAGACUACACGGGUAAAAAACUGCUAGAAUUUCCAACUUCAAUGAGUCCGCGCUUGAAAUUCAAAUCCAAAUCAUAGAAACACUUCGUUUGUCCCCAGUUAGUUUCGCAUGUUCUAACGGAUGUGCAUAAGUAGCUGAAUUCAAACAGGAAGAAGUUAUUCUGUGCUGUAUCGCAUUGAUUCAUAUCUGGUAACCUUCAUGUGACUUUGAUCUGCUUAAUUCUGUCAAAUUGCCAUAAUCAUGGCAGAUCAGUUAGGGUUUUACAUAAUCCGCCAUAGAAAGGUUCAGAAUAGUGUGCCUCCUGUCUACUGAAGAGCGGAUUCCUGUCAAAUCUUCAGAACGCGAUCAAACUUUCUCCAUUACAGUUUGUAAGUAAAAUUCUUGAUUGCAAUUUUUGUAUGGCGAAACAAUAGACAGCCAUAUUGUUCUGCCCCAUAUUUAAUAGAAGUAAUUGCCUUUGUUUCCCUAAGUUUAUUCUUAUAUCUGAACGAGCAACAGAGGAAUCCACGUUGUACAUUUGUAAACGAUUCCUCGUAGGUACCGGUAAAAUUUGAAUUGAUGUCGUGGAACGUAACUUUGGUAUAGAUUUUUUGAUAUAAAUGUCGGACCACAAUUUUCACCGAUUACUGCAACGCUAGGCUGAAACGAAGCACUUGUUCUUUAUUGGAAGUGUAUACCGGACUUCGGAAACGUGUCACUGCAAACGAAUGUUACUAAGCCGUUUUUAAGUAUUCCCCAUGUCGUCGAUUUUUUGCUAUUUUUUUUCCUAUCGAGUGCUCGAUGCUGCAGCUGGAACGCCACCUGGACACAUCUUUCCAGAACGUUCUUGCCACUCCAAAAUUGUAGUGAAGUGUGUUGCUUCCAUUGCUCAGUUUUCCCUCUUCUAAUUCCAUGGGUGUUAGCCACAAAGUAUUGUAUUAUAGGUUUGAAUCUUUUGCAACUAGUUUCUCUGACCGUGCCGUAGUAAUGAAUUGAAGACUGCCACUUUAUUUCUCCGCUACUGAACAAUUGUGACAUCUAUUUCAUAUCCCUACGCCGUAUAUUUUUGAGAAGACUGACUCCAUUUGAGAGUACUUAUGAAGCCGAAGGCUGCUGAAGUUUUACAUUUCACGAAGUGAGAGACGUAUUUAUACGUUCAUGACGUAACGUUUUAGUUAUAUAGGAAUCAUUAACAAAAUUUAUGGAAGACAACGAAGGCGUUAAUUGUGCUGCAAGUGGUGUUCGUUGCAGAACGUCAUUGAAAAUGGCCCCAAACAUCACAUCUACGCCGACGGGCGUUCCGUAUGGUAAUUCGAUUCUGGAAUCAAAGCAGAUGGAUCUGAACGAAGGGGAAGAGAAAAAGCCUGCACCUGAGUACAAGAGACAGAUUGUUUGGCGGAAUGUGCUCCUUUUUGCUUAUUUGCAUUUUGCGGCAUUGUAUGGUGCUUACCUGAUGUUCAGCUCCGCGAAAAUUCUGACCAGCAUUUUCGCGAUCUUAAUGUACCAAGUAUCUGGCUUGGGUAUCACAGCUGGUGCGCAUAGACUAUGGUCCCACCGUUCCUACCAAGCACGUUGGCCCCUUAGAGUCUUGCUGAUGGUCUUUAACACACUAGCUUUCCAGAACCACAUCUUUGAGUGGGCUCGUGAUCAUAGAGUGCAUCACAAAUUCACAGACACAAAUGCUGAUCCCCACAACGCAACCCGGGGUUUCUUCUUCUCACAUGUAGGUUGGCUCAUGGUACGGAAGCAUCCAGACGUGAUGCUCAAGGGAAAGCAGAUAGAUCUGAGUGAUCUGGAAAGAGAUUCUGUUGUUCAGUUUCAAAAGAAGUAUUAUUUGAUCCUGAUGCCUGUUCUGUGUUUUCUGAUACCAACUUGCAUCCCAGUCUAUUGCUGGGGAGAGACCUGGAAAAAUGCAUGGUUUGUGGCAACAAUGUUUAGAUACACUCUCACUCUCAACAUAUCGUGGCUUGUGAACAGUGCAGCUCACAUGUGGGGGAACAAACCAUAUGACAAGUUCAUCAACCCCGCUGAGAACUUAAGUGUAGCAGUUCUUGCUCUGGGAGAGGGCUGGCACAAUUACCAUCACGUAUUCCCGUGGGACUACAAGACAGCUGAGUUGGGUACUUACUCGACGAAUUUUACGACAGCCUUCAUAGACUUUAUGGCCCGCAUCGGCUGGGCAUAUGACCUCAAGACUGUUCCACUGGAGAUGGUGAAGAGGCGAGCUCAGAGAACGGGCGACGGCACGCACAGCAGUGCUGCGGAACAAAAUCAUGGUCAUGGACACAGCCAUGAGGGUGGUGUGUGGGGCUGGGGAGAUCGCGAUAUCCCGGCGGAGGACACAGAACUGAUAACUGGUGUUCAAGAAUCUGCCGAGCCGUCCUUAACAGCAAAGACCACUGUGACAUCAGCUUUGCUGGAUGGAGAAGCUGUUCCAGAGGAGGAGGAGAAGGACGACGACAAGGUCGAUGAGGCAGCUGCUGCAACAGUAGCAGAAACAACUGAUGGUGUGAAGGAAAAGUGCUGCUAAAUAUUCCAGGAUGUGUGAAGUGAAAGACUGCAGGAAUGCUCAUCUUGUGAACUGUUUGAAAAAUUCAAGAGUUGAUACCUGUGAGCAGCCCUUAUAGUAGACUUAUUAGAUGCAGCUUAGUUUUUGUUUGAUUUUGGAAUAAAUUUUUCAUUAUGUAUGGCACAAGUACUAGUUGAAUGUGAGUAGGAGAAAAUCUUACCCAAACCUCUCAUGGCUGUGUUGUCAGAAGUGGCAGAAAUAUUUUAAAUGUUUUAACUGUUUCUGGAUGGAGGGAAAAUGACAAAAUACCAGUGACAGUAUUGUUGAACUUGUUGAGAAUUCCCCAUUCGGCAUACAGCUUAUUAUGUUUUGUCUUGUACAAAUGGGAAUCGUUUGAAAUAAAUAUAAAAACUCUUAAUGAUCUGUCUUGGAGUGACAAAAAAAUUCCACUCUUCCAUUCAUGUGGACUCCUUAUUUUGCAAGGAAAGUGAGAACAAAAAUUUGAUGAUGUUUUGCAAGUUGUUUUUGCAAGAAAUUAUUGUUCAGAUUGUUUAAGAAAUUUGAUUUAGCCAUUUUAAAAGUUAUAAGAUUAACAUUUGUAGAUGGCAGAGAAAUUCUUAUUUAAUUGAACUUUGUAUUUCGCUAAAGGUAUUUUUUGUUUUGUUACUGUGUAUGUACAAUUCUUGAUUAUGUAAUUCUCAUACAUUGAAUGUAUGUAGUAAUUCAUAAUUGUUGCAUUCCAAGAACACAGUGGGGUGCAACCAUUGUGUAUCUGAUACAGUGGCACAUAUCUGUGCCUGCCAGAUAUUAUUUUGCACUUUAAACUUGAACAACAAAAAUGUUUGUGUUGUGGCCCUACCUGCACUUGGAAGACAUUUGUGUUAUGUUUCUCUCCUGUCUUUCUUCCUGUUACAUCUUCCACUAAGUGGUUUCUGUGUUAAUUUAUAAGUGUGUUACAUGCACUUCGCAUUGAAUCACAUUACUCUAAAGCUGUGGUAUUUUUAUAAAAUAAAUGUGAAAUUGAAGAA